CCGUAUUUAGCUUUAGUCUCCGUGUAUAUACUUUGCGGGCGCGCCCGCUAUGAGCGAAUGGUUUGCUUCGGGAAAAAAAUUAUCUGAUAAAUUUCUAAACCUUUCUUUGGAAGAGGGGGCUUUAGGAGAUUUUCAGAAAUCACUUGAAAAUUCUGAAUAUUGCGCUCACUCUGAGUCAGUGUCAAACCUACGAGAACGGACAGAGUGGGCUAUUAAGAAUGGCGACUUGUCAGAGUUGGAAUACGUUUUAAGACAGUGUGGUAUGCUUGAAAAUGUAUGCUUACUUGACCAAAUUUUAGCGAGACCAGCAAUUGUAAUAGCUGCGGAUUAUGGUCAGAAUGAUGUCAUAAAAUUUUUCCUGGAAAGAGGUUCCGAUGUCAACGUGCUGGACAAAUUUGGAAUAUCACCUUUGCUCGCGGCAAUUUGGGAAAAUCACUCGAAGGCUGUUGAAAUAUUACUUACGUUUGGAGCAAGCCUUAACAAGAAUCAGUCACCCUCCGGCAAAAGUUAUUUUGAUGAAGCGUCAGGAAAAGAUGCGGUUCUUGAUGUAAUUGAAAGAUUUUUGUGACUAGGCCCAUGCUAUUGAUUGUCUAUCUAUCUAUCUAUUCUAUAGAAACCAAAUGUUAGGUUGGUAUGCCUGUUCCGUUGGCUGCUCAGCGCCUUAGCUGUAAACUAUUAUUGGAUGUAAUUAGUAAUUUCAAAGGAACUAAAUGCUGAUAAUAAAGUCAAAAUCCGUUUUUCAUUGCCCCGGGAAUGUACUUUAUGGACCUAAUGGAGCGAUAAUGUCGCAAUCUCCUCAGGAAAUUCUUGGGAUACUUAUUGUCUAUAUUCCGGUAAAACUAUGAAAAUUUAGAAACGUGUGAUGAAGUGCAUUUUUUCUUUCCAUGAGUCGAAAGCAAACUAGAAUAGGUUGGAGACUAGAAGUAUCCGUGUUCUUUGUUAAAAGCAGAUUCAGUCUGUAGUUCUAAGAAUAAUUCAACCUUGAGCCGUGCUCUCCAGACACAUUUUACGUUUUAUUUAUUUUUCUGUAAAUAUACCACAGUGAUGCAUAUCAAUAAAAAA